CGAUUUCGUUUCGAUUAGUGUUCACAUCCGGUUAAAAAUAACUUACUUUCACCGCUUUUAAGUAGAUAACGGUACUCUAUAGUAUAAUUUAUCAACCAAAUCACUCACUUAUUCUUCCUUAUUAUUUAUGAUAUUAGUAUUGUAUAUAUUUUGGUCAUUUUACAGACCUAAAACCACAUGUGAAUAUUUACACAUGAAAUGGUGACGUCAUUAUUUAUAAGUAGGUCACUUCACAGACGGAUGUCAUUUCUGAAAAAGUUUUCUGUAAUAACUGCAGUUUCUGCUGCAUUAUUGGCUGCUUUGAUAGCAUAUUUGCAAUCUCUUCCUGCUGAGAAUCAAGCCUGGAAUAUAAGAAUGGCUGAAUCUGCCCCAGACAACCGAGCCACCCUCAAAGAAGCCAAUGAGGGCUGCUUUAUUGUUGGAUAUACUGGUGAGGUUGGCAAGGUCUUAGUGCAGGAGAUCCUAAAAAAUCAGGUGUUCAAAAGAGUGGUUUUAAUUGGUCGACGUAAAGUUGAGUUUGAUGAUGAUGUUAUGAAAUCAGUGGAGCAACAUGUGGUUGAUUUCGAUAAACUAGAUGAAUACAAAGAGACAUUCCAAGGGAUUGAUCAGGGAUUCUGCUGCCUUGGAACAACUAGAGGCAAGGCAGGGGCAAAAGGGUUUGUAAAGGUUGACUAUGACUAUGUGAUGAAUACAGCCAGGCUGGCCAAGGAGGGGGGUGUGAAACAUUUUCAUUUGGUCUCCAGUGGUGGGGCCAACAAAAACUCCUCCUUGCUUUACACACAGACUAAGGGUCGAGUUGAGGCUGAUGUAUCAGAUUUAGGUUUUGAUAGAGUAUCCAUCUAUAGACCAGCAGUUUUGAUGUGUGACAGAACUGAGAAGCGAAGUGGGGAGGGCGUGUUGCGGACUCUACUUAAACCAAUUGCCUACUUUGCCCCAACAUUAGCGAGCAUACCAACAACAACUGUGGCGAAAGCUAUGGUCAAUAUUGCUGCCUCCCCAAAAGAAAAAGAUGUAAUCAUCCUAGAAAACAAAGCGCUUCAUCAAAUAGCUGGAGCUGCACAAUAAAAAGCAAACCAUGGGCAAAGAGAUGUUUUGACUAAAUUUUACUGUUGUAACAUUCUUCGUGGCCAAAAGUCAGGAAAUUUCAAGCUAUGAAAAUCCCAAAAUGAUACCAUAGGAAAUCUAGCAUCUAUUUUGCCUACUGGGACUGCUCAUUGUAUCUCGUUUGUAUUAUUACCACUACAAUACUACACAAAAAGGAUAAAAUUCACUAUAUUAAAGAACUUUGUAAGAGCCUUAAGAAAGGAAACUGACACAAUUACUUAUGCAGUUUUUGCAAUGAUACUUGUAUUUUUCUUGAUUUCAAAUCAACAAUACAUGUAUUAUCAGCGAAAUGAAAUGCAUUUCCAGUUCAGCUAGUCAUUUAUCAAAGUCCCUGGAAC